GUCUCCGGCUCUUUCCGGGCCCUCAGAGGCGGAGCUGUCCCUGACCAAGCGGCGGGAGCGAGGGUUCAGAGAUGGGCAGUGAGAAGGAGCAGAGUCAAGAACCACACCUGCCUGAGGAGAGGGAAGGGGGUAAACCUUGGCGAGUGGAUGGCUCAGAGGGUUCUCGGAUCCCACCUGGGGAAAAGGAGCAUGGGCAGGAGAGCCCAUUGAAGGGGCCACAAGGAACAUGUCCAAAAAAGCCAUGGCAGAAAGUCAUUGCCCUAGCAGGAGGGCCAGGGGACCCCACUGCUCAUCCAAAGCCUGAGGCAGAUGAGAAGCCAUUUAUAUGUGCCCAGUGUGGCAAAACCUUCCACAAUACCUCCAACCUGAGAACACACCAGCGAAUCCACACUGGCGAGAAGCCCUACAAGUGUUCUGAAUGUGGCAAGAGCUUCUCAAGAAGCUCCAAUCGCAUCCGGCAUGAGCGGAUCCACCUGGAAGAGAAGCACUACAAAUGUCCCAAGUGUCAGGAAAGCUUUCGGCGGCGCUCAGACCUCACCACACACCAGCAAGAUCACCUGGGCAAGCGGCCGUACCGCUGUGACAUCUGUGGAAAGAGCUUCAGCCAGAGUGCCACACUGGCUGUGCAUCACCGGACCCACCUGGAGCCAGCACCCUACAUCUGCUGUGAGUGCGGGAAGAGCUUCAGCAACAGCUCCAGCUUUGGGGUGCAUCACCGCACCCACACAGGUGAGAGGCCUUACGAGUGUGCUGAGUGUGGGCGGACCUUCAGCGAUAUCUCCAACUUUGGGGCACACCAGAGGACCCACAGAGGGGAGAAGCCCUACCGUUGCACUCUGUGUGGGAAACACUUUUCUCGAAGCUCCAAUCUCAUCCGCCACCAGAAAACACACAUGGGUGAGCAGUCUGGGAAAGAGUCCAGCUGAAGGGGAGCCCCACUUACAGAGUGGGGGACAGAGAGUGAAAGAUUCACCCUAGUGGAGGAAGAUCUUUAGUAUCUGCUGCUGCCACCUUGAUGUCAAGCCCUUCAUCCCACUUCAGAGAACGGUUUCCUAUUGUCUCUGAAACCAGGAUCUCCAGGAAGUCCUCAGAAAGGACUUGGAGUAAAAAUCCUUGCCAUCUCCCAGGCAGUUACUUGUCUUGGAAAGUCAGAGGACCCCAUCUCAGCUUCACCUCCUUGUGAGUGACAGAGAAAUAGGGUAGGCUCAGAACAUGUCCUUAUCAUUAAGGCUGCAGUCCUCUGGUCUUUGGGAAAAACCUGUAAGACGGUGUCACUGUUUGAAGGGCUACCAUGUAGUCUAUGGACUGCUCAGGGCACAUUGCACAGGCCUGGUAGUUCCCACCUGCUGUGCCCCAACCCAAGUGUGCUUCUAGAUGUCUGGGUUGAGAGGACUGGUCCUCCUAGUGGGAGGGCCCUCCUUAGUCUAAGAAGAGGUUUGAGGUCCUGCCUUAGGAAUGAAAGGAAAGCCCUCAGGGAUUCAUGAUCAGGGACCUCACGUUCUCCCAUGUUUUUUACCUGUUGUCCCCAUCAAAGCCUGCAUCUGUUUCCCUAGAAUGAUCAGCAGUAAAACCCUUCAAUGAAAAGAACCUGUGUACUUAUUUGGGGAAGUGGGGAGGUGGGGAGAUUGUCCUAGUGCAGCCAUUCUAGAAUGAAGAUGAAUUCCAAGAAAGUUAGGUGAUUGGGUGCUCUGAAAAGCAAAGGAAAGCUGGCUGAGUUUCUGGGGCCUUUGAGGAAAAGGAGGAAAGGAAAGGACUAACACCCAUUGAGCAUCUAACUGUAUGCUGUUAUGAUUCUACUGGUUACAUUUACAUUUUUCAUCUUAUUGUUGUAACAAUCCCCAAGGGUGUAAGAGGAGGAAACAGAUGUGAGGAAAGAUGAAGUCAUAUAGCAGGCAUGUAGUGGAGCAGUUUAAAGUUGGACCUCCAGUGGAUGCUUUUUUCACUGAAUUCACCUUGUUGGCCUCUGAAAGAGGAGCCACAUAGGAGGCUGGCCUGGAGGUGGGAGCCAGUGUGGCCUCUUGAUAUGGCCCUGGAACGUUCACCCUGGGAACUCAGUACCAAGCAUGAGAACCAUUUCAACUUUAUUAAGUACUUUUUCUGUGACUAAGAAAAAUGACAGUGGCAGGGACUAGAGGGUGAGGGAUAGGAUGAGAGAACUCUCAGGAACAUAAUGAGAGUUUGCCUUUAGUAGCAAUCAAUAAUUCAGUCCCUAAGACUGAGACAGUUGGGGAGCUGGGGCGAUUGUCCCAGUGGAGCCAUUUCCUGUCCAGUCUUCACAUGGCAGAUUAAAAAAAAUUCUUUUAAACAUGGAAGUUUAGCAUUAACCCAGCUUUCCUCUAACAAAUACAAAACAUUCCUUCCUACCUUUCUCAGUCUAGGACAGUGAUGGCGAACCUUUUAGAGCUUUCAGUGAUAAACAGCCCAUUGUGGCAUGCAUGCCGUAGGUUUGCCACCACUGGUCUAGGGUUUUGCCUUGCAUAAUAUGGGGCCCUCUUCAUUUGUAGCCAAUUCCCAGAAUAUGGACUAAUAACACCUGCAACCUGACCUAUCAGAUGAGUAUCCAGGCACUCAUUCAGGAAGGGAGGUACCAGGAGCUUUCACUCACAUUGAAUUGAAUUUUGACAACUGCCUGAGAAGAAUUACCUGCACUUGACAUAUGUGGAAAGAGGCUGACAGAAAGUGACUUGCUCGUGAAAACAGCAAGUAGAUGGCAGGGCCUGGAACUGAACCUACUUCUACCCAAAGAUUUUUUGUUUUUUAAACUAGAAGACUCCUUCCCAAAUGAUUCUCUUACAUUUGUAGGGUACUUUAUAGUUUACAAAGCACUUUUAUUUUAUACACAUUUUCUUGUUCCUUGAAAAUCUCCACGCAAUAAACAUAGUAACCUAAUCUGAGAUACGUUAAGUGACACACAUUUUAAUAGUAAAAACCACAUGUAUCAAAUGCCUCCUGGUACUAGGUAUUACAUACCUACUAUCUCUGAUCUCCACACUAUUCUCUGAGUAGUAGUACCCCAUUUUCAGUAUAAGAUUCUGUGAGGAUAAAUUACCUGACUUACUGGUGGAGCUGGGAUUUAAAUAAGAAUGUCUGAUCGAAAGACCAAGCUCUUCAUUAUACCCACUAUCAAGCCAGGUCUACUGGACCCCAGUCCAGGGAGCUUUGUAUGAUUAUCCUUCCAGAUUUGGAGCCUUAGGGAAAACUGCUAUGGGUUUCAGGGAAUUUCUGCUGUCAGUCAGGACCAGGACUAAUGAAUGUUCACUUGCUUUGAUCAUGGGACAAGAAUCCCUGGCCAGUCUCACGUGCCCUUUUUAGACUUAGCUUAUAGGCUAGGGUUUCUGUGUUCAACAGUUUUUUUUUAAGUCCUGAUUAGUCCAUUUAUUCAUUCUCUGACUUCCUUUUUUGUUAACUUCCUUCAUUUUCUCCAUUCCUUGUUUUCUUUUCCUUCCUUCUAAGUCUCUGUCCUUUUUUUGCCCUUCUUUCCCCUUUUUCUUCUCUUCUUUCAACACACCCUCCUUUCUCUUAUUGACAGUGAAGACAGUGUGACCCUGUGUUCUCUAGUGCAUUGAAAUGACAAGUUACAAUGUGGUGAUAGAUGACAUUACAGUUGUUCCCAGGGUGCUGUAGGACCUAGGAGAGAGCUUAAUCAGGCCUGUACUGGUCAGGAGGGCCAGGAAUGGAUAAGACAGUCCUUGAAAAGACAUCAGAGGAAGAGAGACUUCCUGAACAAAGUGCUGGGGAAACAGGUAGGCGUGGCACACUUCUGAAGGGAUCUUGAAGAAUGAUUAGGUGUUUACUAGAUAAAAAGAAGUGGAAGGUUCUUUUUUCAGAUUGAAAGGAAGACUUAGUGUUUUAGGGAACAAUGAAAUGUUUGAUGUAGUUAGAAUAUCUUGUGUCAAAAGAAGAAGAGACUGGUAGGGUAGAUAGGUCAGAUCAUAAAGGGUGUUGAAUGCCCGAUAAGAUUUGGAUUGUGGAUGAUAAAAUUGUAAAGUAGAGGAAUGACAGGAUACCAUUCACCUUUUAGGAAGAACACUCAGUCUACUGUGAAGAAUGAACUUAAAGGGGGUCAAAUGAUUUGGGCAAUACUGUAUGUGUAAACCAGGUGCCAACGGGAGUCCUCAAUGCUCAGAGUCUUGUCCCUUCCAUAUGGUAGAAAUUCAAACCCUCCGUAUAAUUUCUGCAGAUUUCUGAGACUUAUGAUCGCAUGGUUUCUUCUUGCCUGAAGUGCCUGUGAUCUAUUCAAACCUUUUCUGUUUUGUCUCCAUUGUCCCUGUCACAGAACUCAGCACUUUAGAAAUUACAUCAAACCAAGCAUUUUUAAGGAUUUUUUCUUUUUUUUUUUUUUUUUUUGGUGCUGGGGAAUCUAACUCAGAUCCUUCCGCUUGCACAGCAGGCAGUGAAACCACUGAGCCAAAUCCCCAGCCCAAACCAAGCAUUUUUAAAGUUUUGACUCCUUUCUAGAGAUUGGGAGUUUUGUGGGGCGGGGAAGGGUGGGUUCACAUCUUCUCCUUCCUCCCAUUCCUGCCCUAUCCCUCCCUCCUGGAUUGCCCUAACAAGACUGGUGCAUUUUACUACAGAUGGUGUCUUACUAUCAUCAAAGACAAAUUUUUUCCUACAUAUUUUAUCAUCUCCAAAGUUGAGAUGUGUUUUACAAUUGAUAAUGUUUUAGAUAAAAUAAAAUGUCACAGUAUAAGAAAGAUAUGAGGUCUCCCAUUCAAGUACUAACCAGGCCCAACCCUGCUUAGCUUCCGAGAUCAGAUGCCAUCAGGCGCAUUUAGGGUGAUAUGGCCGUAGGCAAGGAAGGAAGGGACAAGAAAAAAAAGUGAAAAUAGAAGGAAAAAAUGGAGACAAAGCUUUUGUACAUAGGGAGAGGAGGGUGUUGGGAGAGGGGAAAUGGAAUAAAAUAAAAUUUAUUUAAAUGUGUAAAAAAUAAAUUAAAAAAAAGAUAUGAGAUGAUGGUGUCAGCAAGAUGGAAUAUGAAGUCCCAGCCCCUAUUCCUCAACAGAGACAACUUCAACAAUAUAUAGCCCCGGGGUGGGAAUUUAGCUCAGUGGUUUCCGCUGCCUGCUGCACAGGCGCAAGGACCCGAGUUCGAUCCCCGGUACCAAAAAAACAAAAAACCAAUGUAUAGCCCCAAUACCUUUAUGAGAACUCUAGAGUUCUUCCAGAAUUAAGGAGUUUCAGUAUCUCAGGCAAACACAGAGCUAAUAGGAACCACAUUAAAAUCGGUAGGAUGGGCCAGGGAUUUAGCUCAGUGGUUCCUCCGCCUGCCUUGCAAGCGCAAGGGCCCGAGUUCGAUCCCCGGUACCAAAAAAAAAAAAAAAAGAAAGAAAAGGGUAGGAUGGGUAGGAAGAGUCACUUUACACAAGACUGCCCUUUCCCUAAGCUGGCACAACUCAACUUGGGUCAUAGAUGUGCACUUGAGGGAAAAAAAGAAUAGACUAUACAUCCAGUAUUCCGGCUUUUCAGAGGACUGCCCUUCAGAGAACUGGUUCCUCUCUUGCUUAACUUGGAGGAUUAUGGAAAUGGAAUAAUAGAGUAUGUGGGGAGCCACUGAGAGCCAGGGUGUGGGGCAACUGGCUGUAUUAAGAGGGCCUGCAAUAUGGUAGACAAGCCAGCGCAGUCAGCAUGAUUGGGGAAAAGCUCCCAAAUGCAGCUGCUUACUUGGGAGGGACAGAGAAGAGCAGAGCAAAUGUCCAAUAUUCUACCUUUUUUAAUUUUUGGAGAGUUUCCCAGGGGACUGGUAUAUGUUUUGUUUGAUUAGGGAUACUGAUGGGAAGUCAGCAUAAUUUGAGUGACUAGUGGCCACUGAACACAGGAAAUGGAGGCUUGCUGCUUAGUACCAGAGAAACUGCAGUACAGUACUGCAGACAGACACCAGAGGGAGUAAGAAAUUGUGAUCUCCUGAGAAAGAAGCUGGAAAACCCUUGGGAAAUUAAAAGCGUAAAGCCUAGAAAAGUCACUUCCCCUCAGAAAGAUUCAGAGACUCCCAAACUCCACCCCUGAAUCAGCUAGAUUACUGGGCUGAUUACUGAAGAUCUGUGUAAAGCUAAAUGUUAAAAAUCAGAAAAAUGAUGCAUAAAUAAAAUGAGGAUAUCAACAGAGACAUAAACCAUAUAAAAACAACUUGGGGGCUUAUAUUCUAAAGGCCUUAUUCCUAUCCCUAGCUUACAUAAAUUAAGCAUUAUAGAUAUAAUCUAAAUCCCUUAUAGACUAUCUCCAUUCCAUUUUCCCUUCUUCCCAAGCUAACCACUGUCUGUAAUUUAUAUGUGUGAUUCUGAAAGAAAAAAAAAAGGGGAAAAAACAAACAUUCUGAAAUGGAAAAAUGCAAUAAUUGAAAAAUUCACUAGAUGGUUUCAAUAACAGACUUGAUUAAGCAAAAUAAUCAGUAAACUCAAAGUCAGGUAAUUUGAAAUUAUUGAGGCAGAGGCACAAAAAGCAGAAAAAGAAUAAAGAACGCUGAAGAAAUUCUAAGGGAUUUAUGGGACACCAUCAAGUGGAUCAACAUAUGUAUUACGGGAAUUUAAUAAUGAGGAAAGAGGAAAGGGGCAGAGAGUUUAUUUGAAGAAAGAAUGGUCCAAUACUUCCGAAAUCUGAGGAUGGAAAUGAACAUCCUAAUAAAAGAAGCUCAGACAACUCUAACUUAGGUGAACAAAAGAGAUCCACACUAAGAAACAUUACAAUCAAAAUGUUAACAAAGGCAAAAGGGAAAAUCUUGAAAGUAGCAAGAGAAAAGCAGAUCAUCACAUACAAGAGAGCUUCCAUAAUUUUAUCAGGGAUUUCUCAGCAGAAACCUUAUAAGCCAGAAGAGAGUGUGAUGAUACAUUCAAAAUGCUGGGAAAAAACCCCCAACAAAACAAAAAAUAAAAACUCUGCUAAACAAAGAUACUAUACCUGGCAAGACUUCAACAAUGAAGGAGAAGGGCUGGGGAUUUAGCUCAGCGGCACUGCACCUGCCUCAAAAGCGCAAGGUCCUGAGUUCAAUCCCUGGUACUGGGGAAAAAAAAAAUGAAGGAGAAAUAAAGUCUUUCCAAAGUAAAGAAAACUGAGGGAAUUAAUCACCACUAGAGUUGACUUACAAGAAAUACUAAAGGAGAUGGUGAAACAGGCCACUCAAGUUGAAACAGAAAGAUGCAAGACAGCAGUACAAAAGCAUACAAGACUAUAUAUCCCACUACCAAAGGUAAAUAUAUAGCCAAAGAAUACUGUAAUGUUAUAAUGGUGGUGUAUAAAUCUGGUAUAGAAUUUAAAAUAGUAAAGCAUUAGAAGUAAUUAUAAGUAUAAAACUAGGUUAAUGCAUACAAAAUUAAAAAGAUGCAAUUUUAAACAUUGAUGACAUGAAGGGAACUGGUAGGUAUCACAGUUUUUGUACGUGAUUGAAGUAGUUAUCAGCUUAAGACAUAUUAUAACUGUAAGAUGUUUUAUGUAAGCCUCAUGGUAACCAUAAGGAAACUACCAAUAGCAGAUGGACAGGAGAAAAUGAGAAAAACAAUCUAAACAUGUCAGCACACAAAAUCAAUGAGACACAAAAGCAGUAAGAGAAGAAAAAUGAAAAAAAUUACUGUAAGACUGAAAAAAUUAAUAAAAUGGCAAUGAUAUGUCUUUAUCAAAAAUUAUUGUAAGUAUAAAUUAAAAUUAAUUUCUGCAAUCAUUCUGCAUUCAGUGUGGCCAACUGGGUAAAAAAAUCAAGAGUUCUGAUUACUGGUUCUACGUGUAAAGAGCUUGGAAGUCACCUCUGUCCUAACAACAAAUAAAAGCUGAACAAAUGAAAGAACUCAACAUCUUUUCUUAAAUCCAUUAGAAAAGUAGGGUAAAUUAUUAAAGAAACAGUCAGAUACAGAAAAUCACAGCAUAUUGGAACAGAAACUUCUGUGGGAACCAGUGCUAGGAUAGCAAAACCCAAACUAUAAUUGAUUAAGUUUUGGAAAGUAGAUGUGGGAAACUCUGACAGUUAAAAACUCCAGGAAAUCCUUGUCAUAUGGAAGACUCCCACACAUUUGUGAGUUUAACCUCCAGAAGCCUGACCAGGUUCUCACAGUAAAUACUGGGGAAAAUCUCCUUACAUUUCUAUCAAGGGGAGGGGAAAAAAACCUAGUUAUCCAGAGCCUUACUUGUUGGGGUUCUAUCAGAGCCUAAUUGAUAUUAAGAGAAAGGAAAUAUCCAAUCCAGUUACUCAACACUCAAUUGUAAGAAACAAGAAGUUUUCCUACUGAGAUCAGGAACUAUGUAAGGAUUUCCUCUUACCAUGGUUUUUCAAAAGUAUACUGAAAGUCCUACCUAAUUUAGUAAGAAAAAGUGAAAUAAAAAGUUUACUUACUAGGAAGGAAGAAAUGAAACUGUCUUUAACUGAAGAUGACAUGAUUAUCUUCAUACAAAACCUGGAAGAAGUGAAAACCCCUCAGAAUCUAAUAAGCAAUUAUAGUAAGAUUGCAGGAUAUAAGGCUAAUACACAAAAGUCAAAUACUUUUCUAGAUACAGUGGUUCCUUGGUUCAUGAACUUAAUUCAUUCCAUGAUUCUGGAAAAGAUGCCUAUGUUCACGUUUGUGCAGGAAAAAUGGUCACAGUUGUGUUUAUCACCUGAUACAGAGUUUGCAAACAAAAAAUUUGCCAAACAAUUCUGUUUGUUCGCAAACAAAAGCAUUUGUGAACCGAGGUACCACUGUACCACCAGUGAGUGGAAUUUGAAAUGAAAAGCACAGAACUUUUUACAUUAGUACUCCCAUAGUGGAAAUACUUAAUUAUUAAGCUAAUAAAAUAUGUACAGGAUCUAUAUGAGGAAAGCUACAAAGUUCUGUUGAAAGAAAUCAAAGACAAACUAAACAAAUGGAAAGCUAUUCCAUGUUUGUGGAUAGGAAGGCUCAAUACAGUCAAAGGUAGUUCUAUACUACUUUGAAUGAAAUCCCAAUCCAAUCCCAGAAAAAAGUAUUUUAUAGAUACUACACUUGAUCUUAGCCAGGAGGCCAAGAAGCAAUUAGUAUUUUAUAGAUACCGACAGACUAAUUUUAAAGUUUAUAAGGAAAGGUGAGAGACUCAUCAUAACUGUUAUGUCUUUUUGUCCCUGGUGUAAUUUUGUCACUGGCUUCACUUCACCUGGGCUUGCCUCUCCUUUCUUGUCCUCCCCACCUCUCCCCUCCCGUCACUCCUUCCUGUCUGUCAUGGGGUGAGUAGCUUUCUCUGCCAUGCCCUUCAACCAUGCUGUUUCUGCCUUGGAAGCAGCCAUCUAUGGACUAAACCCUCUCAAACUGUGAUCCAAAAUGAACCUCUUCUCCAUUAA